AUGGCCUCAGACCCCAAGGCUAUUCGCCGCUUCCAGGCAGGCGUUGACCGAGCAUUGGGUCUGUUCGACGCCACGAACGAAUGGGCCGACUAUAUCGCUUUCCUCAGUCGUCUUCUGAAAGCGUUGCAAGCAGCACCGUCUGGAGCGGACAUUCCGUCUAAGCCCUUAUUAGCUCGACGCUUGGCACAUUGCCUUAACCCGUCGCUCCCAGCAGGUGUACAUCAGAAAGCACUCGAAGUCUACGAUUGCAUCUUCACCAUCCUGGGCCAAGAUGGCCUCAGCCGCGAUCUAUCCUUGUACUUGCCUGGAUUUGCCCACACACUCACCUUCGCAUCCCUGGCAACACGACCCUGGUUUCUAGCGCUCUUCAACGAUCACAUCGUUGCAUUGCCGCCUGCAACACUUAGACCUGCCUUGAAAGCCUUGAUCCUGUCGUUGUUACCAGCAAUCGAGGAGGAGAACAGCGAGGACUUUGACAAGACCCUCACAACUGUCAACAAGCUCCGUGGUGCCUUCGCCAACGACAAUAGCGAAAGCAUCUUUUGGCAGAGCCUCUUCUUAGCGUCUAUCACAAGUCCAAGUCGUCGAGCUGGGGUACUGGUCUAUCUGACCCGGUACCUCCCAAAGUUGGGCCAGAGCAAGGAUGCUUCAGACUCAACACAUCAGCCUAAUAAGGGGUCGACACCUGGACCUAACGUGGUCGUCACGCCAGAGCCUGGUCUUCUGUUCCGCUGUUUUGCGACAGGCCUACAAGACGAGCAGCCACUGAUUCAGAGAGGCUUUCUUGAUCUCCUCGUCACCCAUCUGCCGCUGAAGGCAGACACGCUGCAGAAAAGCGAAUCUCGCAACGACCUGAAAAUACUGGUCGCCGCGGCCAUGUCCAUUGUUUUACGUCGAGAUAUGAGCCUCAAUCGAAGGCUGUGGGCUUGGUUUUUCGGAACCGAUGAUAAAAGCGAUACGGAGAUAUCCCAAGCUGCGAAAAUCCCGUCUGAGCCUGCACGCAAACCCGAUGCUGCAAAUGCUUCUUAUUUCCAAACUUACAGCCUCGAGCCGAUCGUUCGUACCCUGAGCGGAAUGGUGCAGAAACGCUCGGCUGUCCCUGCGCAACGAGCUCGACCAUUCCGCCUCUUGAUCUCAUUGAUGGACCGCUCGGCAAUCGGUAGUCCGGUAGUAGAUGCUUUGUUCUCCGAGCUUUUGACAGACCUCCGUCAAUACCAGAUUGCUGCGCCAACUCAAGACGCUUUUGACGAGGUUUUUCGCUCCGCAAAUGUAUUCUUCGACUCCAUCGAGCCGAGAAUGCUGGCGAGAAAUCUACUGAAACUGGUGCAGCAAUCCGAAUUUGAUCUGCUGAAAUUCAUUGUCCUGAAUUUCAGUCUUGACGAGAGCGAUCUGGGUCGAACACAUCUUCCUAUGGUAGUCGCAGCCUUAUCAGAUCUACUCGUUAACGACCACGCCGAGAGCAGAGUCGACAGAGCGCCACGAGUAACAGCCGUCAUGGACAGCUUGCUUGAUCUAAUUCCCGCAAGAGAGCAUUCACCGAAGUCACGGCUUUCAUCAGCUGACAUAGAUGCCACAGAAUUUGUGCGGUUGAUAUUCAAGUAUUACACAAGUGCCUCAUUCGAUGCCGCGCCUCCCAAAAGCCUGACUACGGAACACUCACUGGCAACAUCCAGCGCGAACAUUACCCACAGCAUCGAAGAGUAUCUGCGUUCUCGCUAUGGUGAAUCCGCGUUCAACGAUCUCGUAUCGUCCUACUGCAAGAUUAUGAGCUUAUCUUCUGCUUCACCCGUUCAGCCAGAAUCAGACUUGAUCAAGGAGAUUAUUCGCUGGGUGAACCAAGCACAAACUGUUGAUUCUAGCUCAUUCUCUGUCAUCCGGAACCUAGUCAGUAUUCUGGCCGCAGUUGUUCCUCCGGAGAGCUCGGACCUUGCGCAAACUGGAGACGUUUCUCAGCUGGUGCCCGCUCUUGUGAAGCAUUUAUGGCAGUAUCUACGACCAUCCACCCCGCAAUACCACGUCGAGAGUGUGGAUAUGAUCUGGAAUCUCAGAUCUGUCCGACCAGAUCUUCUGCUGGUUGAGAGCACAAUGAUGGGACUGAUCACUGGCCCGUACAAGGAGGUCGAAGAUCACCCCGCCGCCCAGUUUGGCGUGUUCUGGACGCAUACGAGGACUGCACAGAUAACACCUACCAGUCUGGCAAAUGGACACUCGUCGAAGCAAGAAGACGCUACCCAACUUCUGAGGCAGCUAGUGCUAUACAUCGUUGAUGCUUCAGCGAAGGACGAGAGAUGGACAUCAUGGAUGACCGGGCUCUCUUCACUAACCUUCCAAAUUCAAGUCGUUCUAGACGCCAUUAGGCAUGGCGAUGACGAACAUGAGACGAGGCUGGUAGGACUUCACCGCUUACGGAUGCUAGUACAAAUAGCCCGCUCCUCCUCUGCUCAGUGGAAGGAAUUCUCGGAUUCAACACGUGCUGUCGAGACCGUGUCGGACUUUGCAUCCGCUAUGGUCAAGCAGCACUCCGAGACACCGGACUUGGCAGUUCUGGCUCUCGAGGUGCUUCGUACCAUCUAUGGAGACGCUAGCAUGGCUUCAUAUAGUGGGCUUAUCGAGAUGCUUACAGAGCAACUGCCACAGACACAAGCAGGGACUUCAUUGCAGAGCAGUGUGCUUGAUACUCUGCACUCACUGAUGUCUGGCAAACCAGAUGGCAGCCCACCACGGGAGCUUCUAGGCAUACUGAUGAGCGGGAUAUCUUCGUCGUCAAUUGAUGCCAAUCUCGACAAGUGGAUCACGCUCCUCUGCAACUCAAUUCCAAUGUACCCAGACUCGGUGUUCUUUGCAAACCUUCUGAAGCUUACGGCUUGCUUCUGUCAACGCACACAAAGCUUCUUUGACGGUCUGCGAUCCAUGUACGAGGGCGUUGUGCAGGCAAAGAACUCAGCAUCGACACAGUCCAACGCGAGUCCGGAAAGAUCAAUCACAAAUCUCUUGUCGGGUCUAGAAUACAUCCUUGCAAGGGCUCAUACGAAGGUAAUUGAUGUGACUAGACCUCCUUCGGCCAGCCAGGACUCUUCAGCUUCUAGCGAAGUCGCUCGAUCACGCACGGUUGCCAACAAUCGAUUAACAGUGGUCUUGUGUAUGCAAGAUGCCAUCAAGAUUUGUGGUGUGAUGUGGUUCUGGCGACCAUCCAAGAAAUCUGCAGCUGUUCCGGACACAAAGUCUUUCAACUACAUGUCGUCUAGGUUGAGAGCGCGUACAAGACGCAUGCUAGAGCACCUCCUCGAGGCCGAGCCACAAGAAUGCCUGGAGACGAUCAUGGGCCUAUGGAUUCAGAAAGCUAACACUUCAUCCCAAGAGUACCUUGUGAUGAAUUUGCUCCAAACACUUGAUGGGGCCCGCCCGAAAUUCAUGCUGCCAGCUAUCUUCAAUGCGAUCUAUAGCCGAACUAACCCCGGUGUUCUUGACCAAUCUCAGAGGUCGAGCUUGUCAACCGAUGCUACGGCAAUCGAACUAGUCGCGUUCCUUAUUGAAUACGUGAGCAAACUCGAAGACGAUCUGCUCGAGGAAAUCUGGAGCGACUGUGUCAGCUUCUUGCGCGACAUAUUGGCGAACCCAAUGCCACACCGACAACUGCUGUUGCGGCUCCUGGAGUUAUUGGCGGCUUUGUGCGAUAAGAUGGAAAACACGACCUUCGGGGAGCAAGGCCGAAUGCGGAGAGAGCUCGCAGACCUUUCCACGCGCCUGUUUACCGCUAUAUUCACCAUCAAGCCCGGAGGCUUAGACCAAGGAUCGACAGUGAAGGCAGAAACUCAGGACAACACCGCAGCUGCAUCUCGGUUGGACAGUGGUAAGGGGAUUGAUAUCUUGCUUGAGGUCCUUCCCGCAAUGACUCCUAUCCUUAGUGAAGGAGACCGGAUAUCGACGAUUUGUACGGGGAUCAGCACCUACAUCAUCGCUCCCUCACUCAAAGCCAGAUCGUACCCCGAUAGCCUGAACAACAACAUUCUUGGCCUCGUACAGGUCAUGGGAAAAUCCUCGUCUACGAACAAGACGUGGAAGAAAGAUAUCAUUGAUGCAUUCAAUGACUCGCGGCUAUUUGGCAGCUCUCUUGCUGUUGCCGAGACUGGUUGGAUCCCCACAGUGCGUCACCUGGCAGUGAUUGACAAAGGGCUGUUUGCAGACAUCACUUCGCGACUGACUGCUCCCACCACCGCAGGCAUCAUGUUCGGGGUUGGGGCGACAGCAGCCAGAACGGAGGCGGACAAACUCACUCGUACCAACCUCCGACGUGUCGCGUUACUGUUGCUCGCUAGCGACAAAGACCAAUUCGUGGGUCAUCUGAUCCCAUUGAUGGCCAAGGUGGAUGAAUUGCUCACCGCAACUCCAGCUACAUCCCCGUCAUCGGCAACGAGAGGGGACAUAUUUCUCCUGUUGAGGGCCAUCAGUCUUUCGUUCGCCCAGGAGAAUCUGGUCUCGGUUUGGCCGGUUCUCGAUGCGGAGCUCAGGGAGUUGUUCAACGACUUGCAGAAGAAGUCUGAGGCAUCCAUGACGCCGUAUUCGCAUCUCCAGGGCGCGAAAUUGCUCGACUUGCUUCUCCUACUGAAGCCAGAAGAGUUUCAAUUGCACGAAUGGCUGUUCGUCACGGACACGAUCGAUGCCAUAUAUCCUCCACCUGACUGCAAGACGAUUGCAGCAGCAGAUAUUGUGAACCUAGAAGGCACUGAACACGUCGACCUGCAAUCUGCAACCGUUGAUGGCACACGAAAACCGUGGUUGGCCUCAGAGGUCUCCCGCGACGCGCGUGAAGUUCGCGGCCUGCUUGGGUCAUUCUUCAGCCAGCUGAGCAUUCGUGUCUUUGAAGACACGUACAGUCUCGAGCCCGUUGACAUGGUUAUGUGCCGUAAAGAUCUGGUAGCCGAUCUCUUCUCUGACGGAGAGUGA